GGUUCUUGACGGAGCCUUCAGAUGCCGUCACCAUGCGAGGAAGCAACGUGCUGUUGAACUGCGUCGCAGAAUCGGAUCGAGGAGCCCCCGUUAUUAAAUGGAAGAAAGACGCCGUCUUCUUAAACCUGGCAGUAGAUGAAAGGAGGCAGCAAUUGGCCAACGGGUCGCUCUUGAUACAGAACAUCGUCCACUCCAGGCACCACAAGCCGGAUGAAGGUCUCUACCAAUGUGAAGCAUCCCUAGAAGGCGUCGGAGCCAUCAUCAGUCGGACGGCGAAGGUCAUGGUAGCAGGUCCACUGAGGUUUCUUUCCCAGACAGACUCUGUCACGGCCUUUGCCGGAGACACGAUCCUGCUCAAGUGUGAAGUUGUUGGGGAGCCCAUGCCCGUGGUCCACUGGCAACGAAACCAGGAGGACUUGUCCCCCAGCCCCGGUGACCCGCGGGUGGCCGUCCUGCCCUCCGGAGCUCUACAGAUCAGCAGGGUUCAACACGGGGACAGCGGGAUCUACAGGUGCCUGGCGAAAAAUCCAGCCAGUUCGAGAACUGGGAACGAUGCCGAAGUCAGAGUGUUGGCAGAUCCAGGUUUGCACAGGCAGCAGUUUUUCCUCCAACGCCCGUCCAACGUGGUGGCCAUGGAAGGGAAGGACGCCGUUCUGGAGUGCUGCGUUUCGGGGUACCCACCUCCCACCUUCACGUGGCUGCGAGGAGAUGAAGUCCUCCCCCUCAGGUCCAGAAAAUAUUCCUUACUGGCCGGCAGCAACUUGUUGAUAUCCAACGUGACCGACGACGAUUCGGGGACGUACACCUGCGUGGUCACCUACAAAAAUGAGAACAGCAGUGGCUCGGCGGAGCUCUCGGUGAUGG